AUGCGGACGAUAGUCGCAUGGUCCAGUGCGACAAGUGUGUUGAUUUGGUACCACUUCGUAUGUGUGGGUGUUACCGAGGACGUUCAGCAUCACGAUUUUAUCUGCCCUCCAUGCGGAGCCGCCAAGGAAAAGGCUAAUAAAAAGCGCAAGUCAUCAAAGGCUUCAUCGAAAGUCCCGUCACUAAGUACGAAUGUGAAUGUUCCGGCGAGCAUUCAAGUACCAGUACAAACGGCUCAAUCAGCAUCCGAAGCAGCGUUGCUAGACCGUUCCGCGUACAUCGAUACAACUACCGCGGUUACUACAAGUAUUUUGACGACUGCUCCUGUUAUCCCAACAACAGAAUUAGGAUUAGCAACUAAUAUUCCACCCUACAAGUAUGCCCCCACGGUCCCUCAAGCUCCAGUUGUAUCGUGGAGUACCACCAUACCCUCAGCCAACUCGUUUCCGCCUCUAGCGUAUGGACAGUUUAACCAGAUCCCAACGUCUAGUUUAUCGUUGCCCUACCCAGUUCCACCACCCGCUCUGCCAAAGCCCUCGUGUGCAAUUCUACCGCCAAAUACGUGCGAGUCGAGCUACUAUCCGGGAGUACUUGCAGCUCAGAAUUUCGCAGUACCUUCCUGUGGCAAUCAGCUGAUUCCAUCCCUGCAUUAUAGCACUCCUCUAUCGUCUCGAAAUGCGCCAAUCACUACUUUGCCCAACAAGACAACCCAGAACACUGCAAUCACGUUUAUAGGAAAUAAACCAUCUGACACCAAGAAACAAGGUCGGGAGGAGAUUCUCAGUCAGCGUUCCGUUGCAGCUAGUUCCAGAAAGUCUAAGAAGGAUGAAAGGCUUCAAUUGGAGCUGCAAAUUCUUGACGAAGAAAGGAAGUUGCAGGAAGAAGAACAGGCGAAGAAACGUGAAUACCUUCAAAAGAAACAUACACUGUUGAGAGAGAUGGCUAACGAUUCGACGACGGAUGACGAAAGUGAAGGAUACGAUGAAGAUAAACAAGCACUAAAUAAUAAGGUGACCCAGUGGAUACAAGAAGUGCCGCAAGCCGAAAACAAUCCUAUCCAGAAUGACAGAGUGCAAUCAACGCAACCCCCCUUGUAUCGCAACCAGCUAUUUAGUCAGUUUGUUCCCGAAUUUCGACAGCUAAGAGUAGGCGAAGCCACCCAAAUUCCAUCGAGGAUUGAGAACAGUGGAGCUAAUAUCGGUAUGUUUAACCCAGCACGGCGUUCGACACCGCGACAAGCAGCACUGGUGGACGACGAUGAAAAUAACCUCUCACGUAGUCAAAUAGCUGCACGCCAAGCAGUAUCACGCGAACUUCCAACGUUCACUGGCAUUCCUGAGGAGUGGCCAUUAUUCUACUCGACAUUCAUCACCACGACCAAUAUGUGUGGGUACACAUCGGAAGAGAAUCUCGUUCGCAUACAGAAAUGCCUGAAGGGGAAAGCGUAUGAGGCAAUCAAAUGCAGAUUAAUGCAUCCUUCAAACGUCCCCGGAAUCAUCUCUACUUUGAAGAUGCUGUACGGUAACCCCGAUGUAAUUGUACACAAUUUAAUUGCGAAAAUAAAGUCCACUCCCCCACCGAGACCCGAUAGAUUAGACACACUUAUCGAGUUUUCUCUAGCUGUCCAGAAUCUAUGCGCCACAAUAGAAGCCUGCCAGUUGGACGAAUACUCUCACAACGUUGUACUUCUUCGUGAACUCGUUGAAAAGCUACCAUCUUCGGUAAAAGUUGAUUGGGCAAAGUAUCGGCGAACGCUUUCACACGUCAACCUCACCAUGUUUUCGGCAUGGUUGUACGAGCUUGCGGAGACUGUUUGUCCUAUUGUUUCGCUGUCAAGUAUUGAGUCGAAAGUAAGUCGGGGCAAAAGGGAUUCCGCUUACCUCAACGCACAUAUGGAAGACAUGCAUGAUUAUCAGAACAGGUCAGAUCAAGCCGUCAAGUUCGCACCACGAAACUCGACAUCGAAGGCCUGUGUGCUGUGCAAAGGCAGCUGUACUAGCAUUGAUAAGUGCACUCGAUUUGCUGAAUUCAGUUACAACUCGCGAUGGGCAACUGUUAAAGAGUUUGGGUUGUGUUGGGAGACGUAUGAAACAGCGGCAGUUACUCUACAGAGUACGAUAGAACGAGAGUGUAACACACAUCUGAAACAAAAGAACAAGAUGCUGUUUCGUGUCGUUCCGGUCAUUCUGUACGGAAUCCACAAAGCCGUGAAAACCUUUGCAUUUCUGGACGACGGAUCGUCGCUUACGCUGAUAGAUGCCGCACUUGCAGCCGAGUUAAACCUAAAUGGAAUAGCAGAGCCUUUAUGCCUUCGCUGGACAAGCACUCAAAGUCGCUCCGAGAACGAUUCGGUACGACUGAGCAUUGAAAUAUCGGGUACGGGGGAGAACCACAAGAAGUACCGCCUCCAAGAGGUACACACAGUCUCCAAUCUCGACCUGUUUCAUCAGUCCAUCAAUAUGAAGGAGUUAGCAAAGCAGCAUCCUUACCUGAGAGGCAUUCCAGUUGAAUCCUAUCAGGAUGCCCAACCACGUAUUCUUAUCGGUAUGGACAACGCAAACUUGACACUUCCAUUGAAAGGAAAGGAAGGAGGAUGGUGUCAACCCAUCGUCACAAAAACACGGUUGGGAUGGAUCAUACACGGUGGAACUGAAUCACAGGAAGAACUUGUAGGCUAUCAUAGUCCCCAAAGGUGUCUCUGUAGCGGAAUAAAUGAUACUGUACUGCAGCAGACGGUGAACGAGUAUUUCUCACUUGAAAACGUAGGAAUUUCCAAACCAAAGCAGUCUCUUGCAUCAACUGAGGACCAACGGGCUGCAGAUAUAUUGAAGACUGUCAAACAAACCGAAAACGGACACUACGUUUCUCGGCUGCUCUGGAAGUAUGAUGAGUUCCACCUUCCGAAUAGUAAACCUAUGGCUUUACAGCGAUUUCGUUGCCUAGAGUCGCGUCUGAAGAAAGAUCCUGAGUUAGCAGCAAUACUCCGAACGAAAAUCGAAGAGUACCUGGAAAAGGGUUAUGCCCGCAAGCUGAUGGAGGCCGAAUUAGCAGAAACGCGGCAACGGAUAUGGUAUCUCCCGAUCUUUCCGGUCUUCAAUCCGAACAAGCCGGGGAAGGUGCGCAUCGUUUGGGAUGCAGCAGCUAAAACCAAUGGUGUGUCAUUAAAUUCGAUGAUGUUAACUGGACCAGAUCAACUAACAUCCCUCCUAUCGGUACUCAUCCAGUUUCGAGAAAAUCGGGUAGCGAUUUGCGGUGAUUUAAGAGAGAUGUUCCACCAGGUUAGGAUUUCGGAAGAGGAUCAAAACUGCUUACGUUUUCUUUGGAGAGAAAACCCGUCGGAUGCAGAACCCAGUACCUACGUAAUGCAGGUAAUGACGUUCGGGGCUUGUUGUUCUCCCAGUUGCGCCCAAUACGUCAAAAACUUAAACGCUGAGAAGCAUGGAGGGCAGUACCCGAAGGCAGCUAAUGCAAUCAUCAAGAACCACUAUGUGGACGAUAUGCUAACGAGUACGGAGUCAGAGGAAGAGGCGAUCCAGUUAGCUCGUGAAGUACGACACGUCCACGCUCAGGGCGGAUUCGAGAUACGUAACUGGAUAUCGAACUCACCAGUGGUUCUCAACGCUUUGCAAAAGGAACGGAUCGAUGAGAAGAGCCUGAAUCUAGGGUCCGAACUAGCUACGGAAAAGGUUCUUGGCUUGUGGUGGUGUACCGCAACGGAUACGCUCACGUUCAAACUUUCACCGAAGCACGAUGAGGAUCUGUUAUCGGGAAAACGUCGACCUACCAAGAGAGAAGUGUUGCGGACCUUGAUGACCAUCUUCGACCCUCUGGGAUUGCUGUCGCACUUGUUAAUCUUUCUCAAAAUUCUACUGCAGGAGAUAUGGCGCUCAGGAGUUGGCUGGGACGACGAAAUUCCUGAUGCUCUUAAUGAGAAAUGGGAAAAAUGGUUAAAGGUUCUUCCAUCGGUACGGGAUGUACGUGUACCGAGAUGCUACCGACUGCUCGUGUCAAACGGUCCGGAAACAAAUGUGCAGUUGCACACAUUCGUCGAUGCCAGUGAGGAUGGUUACGCAGCCGUAGUGUAUCUACGAUUCCAGCAAGGCAACCGCAUAGAGUGUUCAAUCGUUGCGGCGAAAUCACGGGUGGCCCCUCUAAAAUUUGUUUCGAUACCGAGGCUUGAACUUCAAGCGGCGGUUGCAGGAGCGCGGCUAGCGAAUAUGGUGACCAAUAGUUUAUCAUUCAAGGUGAACGAACGUUUGUCGCCUUUCGUGUCAGCGACAUCUUGGAAACCAGCGAAAUUGCGAACUGGAGGUGGGUCGGCACAAAGCAGUGUGGCGGAUGAAGCAACCAAGUGGCAACGUCUGCCGGAUCUUGGAAAUGACAGUCGAUGGUUUAAGAGUCCGGAGUUUCUAUGGCAAGAACGCGACAAUUGGCCAGUUGAACCAUUUACAACUGGAACUACUAAGGAAGAGAUACGUUCCAACUUAUUUCAUCAUAGAGUUGUCAUGAAACCAUGUAUCAACGCAGAGUACUUCAGCAACUGGAAACGAUUGGUUGGUACAGUAGGUUUCGUGUUUCGAUUUCUGUGUAACUGUCGGAGCAAAGUAACGGGAAUCCAUCGUAAGCUCGGCCCCCUAUCCAGCAUGGAAUUACAGCAAGCAUCGAACUACCUCUUCAGAGAAGCGCAGAGAGAAUCAUUUCCAGAAGAAGUGGCCAUUCUUUUAAAUAGAAAUGGUACAACAAAGGCGCUCCCUAAGCAGAGCGCAAUAUACACGAUGAAACCAUUCUUAGACGAGAAUCAGUUGAUGCGAAUGUUUGGUAGAAUUAGCAGGUGCGAGUAUGCCACAAUGGACGCGCAGAAUCCUGUCGUUCUCCCGAAAGAUCAUCACAUCACGAAGCUACUUGUUCGAGACUACCAUGAACGUUUCCAUCAUUGUAAUCAUGAAACCGUGAUUAACGAACUGCGACAGAAAUUCAGGAUACCGAAACUGCGAGUUGUAUAUCGAAACGUGAGGGCAAACUGUCAGAAAUGCAAGAAUCAGCGAGCAAUUCCCCAGCCCCCUCCGAUGGGCGAUCUCCCAAAGGUUAGGCUGGCGGCCUUCUGCAGACCGUUCACGUUCGUAGGCGUGGAUUACUUUGGCCCUAUCAUGGUAGCGCUAGGGCGAAGAUCGGAAAAACGAUGGGGCGUACUUGUGACAUGCUUGACGACACGAGCAGUGUACAUAGAGGUCGCACACACACUAAAUGCGGACUCAUGUGUUAUGGCGAUCAGGAAUUUUAUGGCCAGACGUGGCGUUCCGAAUCAAAUAUUCAGCGACCGUGGCACGAAUUUCACGGCAGCAAACAAGGAGCUCGGGGCGGCUCUGGCAGAGCUAGAUCAGGAGAAAAUUGUGCAGGAAAUUGUCAGUCCCAACACUGAAUGGUGUUUUAUUCCUCCAGCGUCUCCCCACAUGGGUGGGUCGUGGGAAAGACUAAUCCAAUCUGUAAAGCGUAACCUAGAACAAAUUCGCCCACGAUGUUAUCUCAGUGAUGAAGUCCUUCGGAAUCAGUUGAUCGAGAUAGAAGGCACAAUUAACUCACGUCCACUAACACAUGUACCGGCAGAUGAUCCAGAUGCUCCUGUUCUCACGCCAAACCACUUUAUUCUGGGUUCAUCUAGUGGGCUUAAACCGGCUACUUUACUCGACGACAGUGCUCUGGCAUUGAAACGUUCUUGGCGUAAUUCGCAGGUGGAGGCGAACAUCUUUUGGCGUCGGUGGGUUCGCGAUUACAUGCCAGACCUCACAAGGCGCACAAAAUGGUUCAGCGAGGUAAAAGCAAUCGAGGUGGGAGACAUUGUGGUCAUUGCAGAUCCAGACCAUCCGCGGAACUGCUGGCCCAAGGGGCGGAUCAUCUCCGUGAAUAGAGGCAAAGAUGGCAAGGUGCGAUCGGCGGCUGUCCAAACAGCGAUCGGAGGUAAGCCACGACUGUGGCGUACCCGGGGGGGAGUGUGA